UGUCUAUAGAUUGGACAUGAUGUAAUCUCAUCGGAAAGCGGAUGGAGGAGAUGAUAAUGUGGUUAGACAGACAGGCACAUCAGUGGACAUUUAUUAGCCAUAUCUUCAGACUGAUUGAAUUUCACUCGCUUUUACUUCUGCACAAGUUCUGAAUGUAGACAGUUUUAUGAUAUUUGGAUUCAUUUGGAGAACAACUCACUAAAUUAUUAUAAUUAUUAUUUAACUAUUAUAUCUAUUAGCCUGUUAUUUAACAUGUCACUUCAAUCGAAUGUGUUUAAUCAAGACACUCCUAACUCAAAAACAGGUAGGCGUAUAAAUAACAUCAGCUUGAAUGUUAUUUAAUUAAAUGAACAAAUUUGAAUAUGUUCUGUUGGUGAAAAGUUCAGGAAUAAAAAGGCUGUCUGGCUUUAAUUAAUAUCAUGAGCUUAGUAAUGGAAUGGUUGGAUUGUGUUCAUAAAAUAUCUGUACUGAUGGGAUUGUUGAAAUUUAUAUUACAGGGAAACGGUCUCCUGUAUAAAAACAUUGAGAAUCCAUGAUCAAAAAUAUAAUGAUAGUAGUCUUAAAGGUGCAUUUGGUAAGAUUAGUCCUUUUUUUAAACCAAGAUUAGGUCUCUAUCAGCUACACAGGUGGGUUUGACGUUUGAAUUAUUAUUAUUAUUUUUUUUGUACUCCUUGAGCCCACCCCGAUUCCCACCCAUGUUCACAGAUUUUAUAGAAAUGUAGAGUGUCUAUAAAAUGCCGGACAGGAGGCCCAUCCAAACACAAGCAAGCAUUCCGGACCGGAAGUCAGUUUUGUUCAUUUAAUACAUUUAUGCUGAGUUUUGUUUUAUUUUUUUUAAUCAUGUUCUACAUGUGUUCCAGGUUAUUUGUAAGUAAGAAUUAGAGGGAAAAAAAAAUGUUGAGCUGAAUUGAGUAUUUUGGUUUUUUUGAUGGAGGCACAUCAUUUUUCCCAUUUUUCCUUUGAUAUAUGAUCCAUAAGUAAAUUUCUCCAGUGGGUUAUGGUAAUGUUGUUUGUUUGUUUCUUUGUUCUUUGUUCAUGUGGAUAGCUUUCUUGCUGGUGCUAAAUGCUGUGAAUAAUGCAGCAUUAAGAUGGAGAUAUUCUUUGUCAUAGUGUUUACUGAUGUGAUGUGACUGUUGCACCUUGAAAUAAAGCAACAGCUCAGAAGUGUUUUAAGGCACAAACAAGGAGAAACAGUUGAAUAAAAAAUGUACGCCCGACCAUAAAUAUAUGACAAAUAAGACAUAAAUCCUUGACCAUUGCUAAGCAGAAGUAAACCUGAGCACAUGGAGCUGCACGGGUGGUCUGUGACUUGCGCAUGCGCAGUGGAGGCAGAAUGCGCGCACCGCGUCACUGUGGGGAAAAAUCCCACUGCAUCUGCUGCAAAGAUAAAGCUGGAGUGCAGGAAAUGAGGAGCUGAUGCGGGAUUUAUCUCUCACCCAGGACACUUCAUUACCUUUAUACAUAUAAAUUAAAUAAUAAUAAUAAUAAUAAUAAAGGGCAUAUGAAAGUGCUAAGAAGAGCUGAGUGAAAAGCCACUGGAUCUCCUCGAUCCGUUUCAGCCAUGGCAGCUGACAUAACGCCCGAGGCCAUCGGCUUCUUGUCCGCAGUGGGCGUCUUCGUCGUGUUGCUUACCAUCCUCUUCCUCUUCAUCAACAAGAAGCUGUGUUUCGCCCGUGUACGGGGGCUGCCGUGCUUCGAGCUUCGUGGCCAUCGCAAACGGAAGGAGCGUUCUGGGAUCCACCAGGGCCUCGUGAACAGUUAUGGGGAUGAUGGCGAGAUCUCCAGUUCUUCAGACAGCGAGGAGGAGAUCGUGAAGCGCUUCGAGAUCUCAGUCUCACGUUCUCAGAGUUUUCGCUCCGGGAUCUCAGAUGUCACUACCCAGAGUGCACCGGGGCAACAGCGCAAGUUUGAACGACUGCUUCCUGAGCAGGAGGAGGAGGGCAGCACCGAACCGUCAGACUGUGAAGAUGCAGAUGGAGUUAGCAGGAGAAGUUUCCAGGACCCGCUGUCUGAACAGAGGGAUCCUCUAUCAGAAUCACUGUUCCAGAGAGACCUCAGUGUGGCCGACACUUCGUCUGUUAGAGGACGCGUGUCCUCCGUGGGCUCUCAGGGAUCUGAGGCGCUGUCCCGGAGUCAGAGGAGUCGUCAGGGGAGCACAGGACGCCGGACUCCCCUCUCAAACGUAGAGACGGACAUGGCACUGGAUAAUCCGGGGUAUGAUUACAACGAGGCUACAGACAGCUCGUCUACCUGGAGCCCUGAGCAUGAACGUGCAGCCAGUGUCAUCUCAGAGCCCCGCCCCCCCAGCUUAUCACCACGCCCCCCAAUCUCCAAAUGUGGUGACCUUGUGAUCAUCCUCAAUUACCGUCCUGACUCCUGUAAGCUCCUGGUCACCGUGGUGAUGGCGCAGGACAUCCCGGAUAAAGCGCGGAGCGGCAUGGACACGUGGCAGGUGCGUGUGGUGCUGCUCCCGGGAAAACGGCAGCGUUACAAGACGGCCGUGCAGAGGGGAUCGACACCGCGGUUUGGAGAGACGUUCCGCUUCACACGACUCGAAGCUUCGGAGCUGAACACGUCGGCGCUGCGCUUCCGCCUGUACGCUCUGGGCAAGAUGAACCGGGAGAGGAUGAUGGGAGAAACCAUCUACACACUUAACAAACUCAACACUGACAGACAGAGACAGGAGGUCACGCUCGUACUGGAACCUCGCAGCAACCUGAAGGCUUUAGACUCUGAGCUGUGUGUAAGUGCUCCUCCUGACAGCACCUCCUCCACCCAGUCUCUCUCUCACGGUGGAGUUCCUGAGCUGCUGCUCGGUCUGUCCUACAACCCCACCACCGGCCGCCUCUCUGUCGAGGUCAUCAAAGGGAGCCACUUCCGCAACCUGGCGCUCAACCGACCCCCGGAUACGUACGCGAAGCUGACUCUGCUCAACUCCAUGGGUCAGGAGAUCUCUCGGUGUAAGACGUCGGUGCGGCGCGGACAUCCCAACCCGGUGUUCAAGGAGACGUUCGUCUUCCAGGUGGCGCUGUUCCAGCUCUCCGACGUCACGCUCAUGGUGGCCGUGUACAACCGACGCAACAUGAAGCGCAAAGAGAUGAUUGGCUGGCUGGCGCUGGGCCAGAACAGUAGCGGCGAGGAGGAGUUGCUACACUGGCAGGACAUGAAGGAGAGCAACAACCAGCAGGUGUGCAGGUGGCACGCUCUCCUCGAGGCGUAGACGGACAGACGGAGAAAACUAAUGACAGGAAUCCAACAGCAUCAACAGGGUUGGGCUUAUAAUGGUAACAAUAAUGAGUUACAAUCAUACAAUCAGAACAAAUGCAACCAAACGACAAAAUAAAACAAACAAACACACAGGAGAGAUUUGGCUAGGGUUGUCAUGUUCUCAUGGUUUAGUCACGGUGCAUGAUUGGACAGUUGACUUUUUUCAAAAAUACUGAUUAAAAUGCAUUUCCAUCUUUAACCAUCUAACCGCACCGCCUUUCCUCGCAGGCUUUCUCUCUUUCAAGCUUAUAACAGCAAUAUGAUAAAUAAUAAAAUACAUACAGUAUAAAAACAGUCUUACAGAAACGUCAUUCUUGAAAAUAUCUUUCUAAGAAAGAAGAGUUGAAAGAAGAGUUUUUGAACAAAAUAAAAAUUUGGAGGUUUUGACCAGAAACAUAAGCAGGUAUGCUAUAUAUAUAUAUUAGAGUGCAUUAGUACAGUGCAACCCAGUAUAGCAUUUCAUUUUAAUUGUCAGAAGAAUGAUCAUUUUUCACAACUUAUAUGCAUAUGAAAAUACUUGUUCAGCAAAAAUAAAAAAGUAUACCAUAAAAAAAUGAAGAUAAUUAUGUAACGGUACAAAAAAUCCAUUUCAGGUUUUCAUGACAGCGCACCACUACUGAAUUUAAAUUCAUUUCAGCUAUAUCUGCUGUAUCUUCCUGCAAGCUCAGGCAUAUUAUAUAUUCAGGUAGAAUGUAGGCAACAAAGCCACAGAAUCUGAUAUCUCAUAGACACUUGGCCUAUAAAAGAGAGUGUGUUGGGAAGGAAAAAUGUCCGAAGAUUCAUGUUUAACAGAUGUUUUUUUUUUUUUUUUUGAGAAUGUUGAGCUGGUUUUCCGAGAAAACGUGAAUGCUUGUGGGUUUCCAUCAAGUGCUGUUAUGAUGAAUAGUCUGAAGUGGAGCAAGAAGAAGACGUCAUUAGAAGACCACGAGCCAAACACACACAUGGGGAUGGAGAGACUGCAAGACACACACACACACAAACACACACACGCACAAACACACACAAACGUAUAGAGUAUUACAUGGUAUUAUUAAUACACUCCUUAUUAAAAAGUUUAAAAAACAGAAACCCAAAUUAAUGUAAGAAAGAUAACCUGUGUGUUUGAACUCCAAAAUCAGACACUCCAACUCCACACACUUUGGGCUGAAAGAGGAAAAAAAAAAACAAACAUUUUUCUAAAUUCAACGUGGGGACGUGACGAUACGUCAGGAUGAAGUGUAUCUUAAAUAGCUACAUUGUUAAUAUUUUGCUAUACUGAUAUAGGUAGUGUAACAUGUACAAUCUAUUUUUCAACGUGAUAAUAAUCAGAGAACUUGUAUGAAAUAAUAAUAAUAAUAAUAAUAAUAAUAAUAAUAAUAAUAAUAAUAAUAAUAUACUGUUUUUACCAUUGAAUUUUUUUGAAUUUUAUUUUAUUAUAUAAUGUCAUAUACACUUUAUCAGGAGCACUAUACUAAUACUGAUUAAGACCCCGCUUUGCUCUCACAACAGCCUCAAUCCACCGUGGCAUGGAUUCAACAAGGUGUUGGAAACGUUCCUCUGUGAUUCUUAUUGCUGCACGUUUGUGUUCUACCGCAUCCCAAAGCUUCAGAUCUGCUGACUGAAAUCCACUGAACUCACUGUCGCCUUCAUGGAAUGAGUUUAAGAGCUUGCUGGAAAUAACCGUUAUAAGAUAGUGGCCACAAAGACAGCAGUACUUGGAUAAACUGUGUUAUUCGAACAAUGCAGGAUUGGUUUUACUGAAGUUUCAUACACACCGAUGUUAUUCUUUCAGUCUCUCAUUCUCAAACAACCUGUAAUUUUCUCAGAGCCUCCUUACGAAGCCAUGUGUGCCUGGGUGCUCAAGGUCACGUAAGGGCUAGAAGAGGUAACUUACCUAGCAACCCAUAGCAACCACAUUCCUGCAUCUAUGCAGAACCCAAAUUACAGAGGAAACAGAAGCUUCGAGGUACACAGAAAGGUUUUUAAAUAAAUAAAAAAAAGAUUUAGAAAAUAACAAUAAUGACAUUCAGUAAUAACCUGUUGCCCAGUAGCCUUCAACAAAUACAAGCCCAACUUUGAUGAUUCAGUUGGAUUUCUAGUAUUAGAUAAAUCAUUAAAGCAAGAUUUGAUUCUUGCUUGAAAUCUACCAGAGAUCCUGAUGUUUCCUGAUGUUUCCUGAUGUUUCACCACAGCAUGCACCGUGUAUAUGCCAGCACUCUCUGUCUGUUUUGCCUCGUGCUUUAAUCUCAAAGACUGAACUUUUAGGAUGACGAGAGACUGAAAGAGGAAUUGUUGAGCCGAUAUGGAAGCGCAUGCAGUAAUACAGCAUCUGUGAUUGCUUUUUGUGCCUCUCCAGCUGUCCUUUCCUCAGAGUCGGCUUUUAUUGCACCUUCUUAUCUCGUCUCCAGGAAGUGACAUCACAGCGCAGCUCAACUUGGAGGGCUCGCUCUCUCGUUAUCGCUGCUCAAACACUGAUUGCCGUCUCGUGAUUGCAUGAAUGGAAGCUUAAUUAUCAGCUUCUGAUUAACUCACUCGAGCUCAGGCUUGAGAGCUGUGUGUGUGCUGUUGCUGGGCGUGUGAGGAAAAAAUCUGUGUGACACUAGACAUGUUGUGAUGAUGCGUUAUACAAUGCGUCCAUUCAACAAAACUGUUCACGUGGACUGUUCAGUAGUUGUUAAUGUUAAUCUUUAAUGUCCAGAAUAUAGUAAUAUUAAUGCUUAACAUUUUUAUGAAGUAAAAUAAUUAUUUCUCCAUUGGUUUGAUCAGGAACCAGAGCACUAUUGAAUUCUCGAUUCUGAUUGGUCAGAAGGUGUUGAUUAAUUUUCUAUAACAGCAGCUAAUUAUAAACAGAUUAAAAAUAUGUUGUCAUUUAACAACGUAAAACAUUUACUUAUUGACACGAGGUUGUGAGGUUUUCUGUGAGGCGAUGUUUAUUUAGCAUGUAUGGAAGGAGUCUCCAGUGUCAGAGGUAAAGCUGUAUUUUCAGGACAGAGGAGUUUACGCUUUUUUUGCGGUUUCUCUGUAACAUGAAAAGUUGUAUUUUUUCUUUUUGUCUUAUUAAGUUCAAGAGCAUGAACAAAAGAGAGAAUGGUAAGGAAAUGACUGUUUAUAGCUGUUCUAAUGUAAAUGAUGACAUGAGCUAACUUCAAUAACAUUAAAUGUAACUAUAAAUGGAUACAAA